AUGUUAAAUUUGACAAUUUUUACAAAUGUUUCCGAUUUUCCUUAUAAAAAGAAGUAUGAUCAGAAUACUUUAUUAAAAGAUUUUAAGCAAAAAAUGAUAAUGAUUGCUGGAAUUGAGCAGUUAGAAAAUAUGCAAGUUGAACUUGUCGAUGAACGAAAAAAUCCAUUAUUAAUUUUUGAUGAUGAUAAUAAAAAACUAUCAGAUUAUAAUCUUACUGAUGAAUCAAUUAUUCUUGUCAAGGAUAUUAGUGGAGCAAAUACUGAACUUCUUCAAAACGAUGAUAUUGAUGAACGAUAUGUUAUGCCUGAUGAAAAAUAUGCUGUUAGAGAUAAUACUGCUCGUAAUUUCAAAAAAAAAAUUAUGGAAACUACAAAAGAAUCUACAUAUUUAAAAGUUGGGGAUCGUGUUAUAGUAAUGGCUAAAGGAGAAGAAAAAAUUGGCACUGUUGCUUAUGUUGGUAAUGUUGAAUUUGCAGAUGGUUUAUGGAUUGGAGUAAAUUUAGAUUUACCUAAAGGAAAAAAUGAUGGAUCAGUUGAUGGUAAACGAUAUUUUGAAUGUUCUGAAAAUCAUGGAUCAUUUGUGAAGCCAAGAAAUUGUGAAUUGCUUGAUGUAGAACCUUCCGGAAAUACGCCUGAAGAACUAUAA